AGCGAGGUUUUUCCUUGGGCCUGAGGGGAGCCUGCCUCCCUGCUGCCUCUCGCGCCCGAAGAUGCCGGGCGGCGGCGGCGGGCGGGUGUGCGCCGCGUGCGGCAGCUCGGAGAUCGAGGUGGACUCGGCCCGCGGAGACGCGGUUUGCACGGGCUGCGGCUCCGUCCUCGAGGACAACAUCAUCGUCUCCGAGGUGCAGUUCGUGGAGAACAGCGGAGGAGGGUCGUCGGCCGUCGGGCAGUUCGUCUCCCUCGACGCGGCAGGAAAAACACAAACAGUUGGAGGAUUUCAUGUCAACUUGGGAAAGGAAUCGCGGGCACAGACUCUCCAAAAUGGAAAACGGCAGAUCCAUCAUUUGGGGAACCAACUGCAACUGAAUCAGCAUUGCCUUGAUACAGCCUUCAAUUUUUUCAAGAUGGCCGUGAGCAAGCACUUAACCCGAGGGAGGAAGAUGACCCAUGUGAUCGCUGCUUGCCUCUACCUGGUGUGCAGAACAGAAGGCACUCCACACAUGCUGCUUGACCUCAGCGAUCUCCUUCAGGUGAAUGUCUACGUGCUGGGAAAAACUUUUCUUCUGUUGGCCAGAGAGCUCUGCAUAAAUGCUCCAGCUAUAGAUCCAUGUUUAUAUAUUCCUCGUUUUGCACACAUGCUGGAGUUUGGCGAUAAGAACCAUGAGGUUUCCAUGACUGCCCUAAGGCUCCUGCAGCAGAUGAAGAGAGACUGGAUGCACACAGGGCGACGGCCUUCGGGGCUUUGUGGUGCAGCUCUUCUAGUUGCGGCAAGAAUGCAUGAUUUUCGGCGCACUGUGAAAGAAGUCAUCAGAGUGGUUAAAGUUGGCGAAUCAACACUAAGAAAAAGACUUACAGAGUUUGAAGACACACCUGCAAGUCAGCUAACAAUAGAUGAGUUCAUGACAAUUGAUUUGGAAGAGGAAUGUGACCCUCCUUCAUUUACAGCUGGUCAACGAAAGAUAAAGAUUCAGCAGCUUGAGAAGGAGCUGUCUAAAAAGCUUGAAGAGUUAGAAGGUGAAAUAACAAGCUACCAAGAUGAAAUAGAGAUUGAGUUAGAAAAUAGCAGACCAAAAGCAAAAGGAGUUUAUGCAAAUUUCAGUAAAGAUGACUGCAUGGAAGACAAUGCCUCGAGUAUAUUUGGAGAAGAGGAGGGAGAAGACGAAGAACUGGAAGCAGCUGCGAAUCAUUUAAACAAGGACUUUUACAGUGAACUUCUGGAUAAAGACAGGUCAAAGGAAAAAGAGUCUCCUCUGAGGCCACCUGCCCUGGAGUCCCUGCUUGGCCCUCUCCCUACAGCUGCCAGCCUUGGGAUAACGGAAUCUAUAAAAGAAUGCAUAUUGACUAAGGAUCGAGACCACAAUGAAAAUACUGGAGAUGGUGAAUUAGAUCUAAGUGGAAUUGACGACAGUGAAAUAGAUAUGUAUAUACUUAAUGAUUCCGAAGCCAAAAUAAAAGCAGAACUCUGGAUGAGGGAAAAUGCAGAUUAUCUGAAGGAACAAAAGGAAAAAGAAGCAAGGAUAGCGAAAGAGAAGGAGCUUGGGAUUUAUAAAGAACAUAAGCCCAAGAAGUCUGCAAAGAAGCGGGAGCUGAUCCAGGCCAGCACAGCGGGAGAGGCAAUUGAAAAGAUGUUGGAACAGAAGAAGAUUUCAAGUAAAAUUAAUUAUAACGUGUUAAGGGACCUCAACAGCAAAGGAGGUAGCUCACCAAAGAAAGAUGAUGACAGCGCUGAUGACAGCAGCAACACCAAGAAACUGUCAAGAAGGAAAUCUCUGGCGGCUCGGAAUGUGGCCAACUCCGUAAACAGCGUGGGGAAAAGGUACCACAAUUCUUCAUUUAAAUCCUUCUCUCUUCAGCGAACGGUGCAUCUAGAGAUUGUUAACAGUUCUCUGACACUCAGGUAAUGUUGGGGCUUUCACUUUCAGUUCAGCGUGUGGGGCCAGAAUGAAUCAUCCUCCACAGGCCACAUGUUGGCUGGCAGCUUCAUUGUG